AUGGCGAGGAAGAAGAUCAGAGAGUAUGACUCAAAGAGAUUGGUGAAGGAACAUUUCGAAAGGCUUUCAGGCAAUGAACUUCCAAUCAGAUCCGUUCAGAUUAACCAAACAACUGAUCUAAAUGAGCUAGUAGAGAAGGAACCUUGGCUCUCGUCCGAGAAGCUCGUGGUGAAACCUGACAUGUUGUUUGGGAAGCGUGGAAAGAGUGGUUUGGUUGCCUUGAAACUAGAUUUUGCUGAAGUUGCUACUUUUGUGAAAGAGCGUUUGGGCAAAGAGGUAGAGAUGAGUGGAUGCAAAGGACCCAUAACUACAUUCAUAGUUGAAUCAUUUGUACCACACAAUGAAGAGUUUUAUCUUAAUGUUGUCUCGGAUCGACUUGGGUGCAGUAUAAGCUUUUCAGAGUGUGGAGGAAUUGAGAUCGAGGAGAAUUGGGACAAGGUGAAGACAAUAUUUUUACCUACUGGUGCUUCCCUGACACCGGAAAUAUGUGCACCUCUUGUGGCAACUCUUCCCUUAGAGAUCAAAGUCGAAAUUGAAGAGUUUAUCAAAGUCAUUUUCACCCUGUUCCAAGAUCUUGAUUUCACUUUCUUGGAGAUGAAUCCAUUCACACUAGUUGAUGGAAGGCCCUAUCCUCUGGAUAUGAGGGGUGAGCUUGAUGAUACUGCUGCCUUCAAAAACUUCAAAAAAUGGGGAGACAUUGAGUUUCCUAUGCCAUUUGGAAGAGUAAUGAGUCCCACAGAAAGCUUUAUCCACGGACUCGAUGAGAAGACAAGUGCGUCCUUGAAGUUUACUGUUCUGAAUCCCAAGGGACGGAUUUGGACAAUGGUAGCUGGAGGAGGAGCAAGUGUCAUCUAUGCGGAUACCGUUGGAGAUCUUGGGUAUGCAUCUGAACUUGGAAACUAUGCUGAAUACAGUGGAGCACCUAAAGAAGAUGAGGUUCUGCAAUACGCGAGAGUUGUUAUCGAUUGUGCUACAGCAAACCCAGAUGGUAAAAGCAGAGCUCUUGUGAUUGGAGGUGGAAUAGCCAACUUCACUGACGUUGCUGCUACUUUCAAUGGCAUCAUCCGCGCUCUUAAAGAAAAGGAAGCAAAGCUAAAAGCAGCAAGGAUGCAUAUAUAUGUGAGGAGAGGAGGACCGAAUUACCAAAAGGGACUUGCGAAAAUGCGAGCUCUUGGAGAUGAAAUCGGUGUCCCCAUCGAGGUCUAUGGUCCAGAAGCAACCAUGACAGGGAUCUGCAAGGAAGCAAUCCAGUACAUCACAGCUGCAGCAUAA